GCAGCAGCAGCAGCAGCAGCAGCAGCAGCAGCCGAGGGAGAAUGGUCAGAAAUAUCUUUUCAAGUCUCCUGCUCCUCUGGUCAGUUAGUUAUGACCUGUUAUUAGCAGCAGAGACACAUUAUGCUGAAAAGCGCUCCUGGAACAACCAGAACCUCUUCUCCGUCCCUCGGGACCUGGAUGCACGGAUCAGGAGACUCGACCUGUCCAACAACGUCAUCAGAGAGCUGCCCACGCUCACCUUGCCGUACUUGGAACGGUUGGACCUGAGCAACAACCGGCUGGAUUUCAUCUCCGAGGGAGCGUUUGAAAACUUGGUUCGGCUCGAACACCUGAAUUUCUCCAGAAAUGAGCUGAACACCAACUUAAGUAUUAACAGCAAAGCCCUCCAAUCCCUCAGCAGGCUGAAGAGUUUGGAUAUAUCCAUGAACGGUCUGACUAAUGAUGCAGUGGAGUUGUACCUUAGGAAGAAGUCUUCCCUUGAUCAGCUUAAGAUGACUGGUAAUGCUUUAAUAAAACUUUCACGUAACCUGUUCAGAGACAGUGGUGGUUUAAGGACAAUUGCAGUAGAUGAUAACAUGAUAUCAGAGAUAGAUCAGGGGACAUUCGAACCAUUGAGCCGAUUAGAGACACUUGACUUGGCAAAGAAUAAUCUUGCACAUAUCUGUGAUUUUAAAUUGCAUCAGCUUAAAUAUCUAAAUCUCAGCAGAAAUUCACUGGAGUUCUUUGUUACACAUCAGGACGACCAGUUGUACAGUCUUGAAAUUCUUGAUCUAAGCUUUAACAAACUUCUUUUCUUCCCGUUUGUUCCAAAGAUGAACCGAUUGAAGUAUCUGCAUUUGCAAAAUAACAUGCUUGGUACCUUAAUUUCAGAGGCGGCAAUGGUAUCACAGGCCAACUCUCUUUACAGUGAGAUUCUGAAUGAAAACAUAGUUAGAAAAAACAACCUCCAUGCAAACUGGCGGCUAAUGCCACUGAUUUAUAUUGAUCUCAGCUAUAACCACUUCAGGUUUUUCCCUCUCGAGACUCUGAGCCUCCUUCCAUCUUUGGAAACAAUGCAUUUCAGCUAUAACUGUCUGCAAAGCAUCAAUUGGAGAAUCAGAAACUAUAACGAUUCGGGGGACAUCCGUCAGCUGUUUUUUCACUCCUUAAAGCACCUCCACCUGCAGAGCAACGGCCUCGCACGCAUUUCCCCGCUCUUUCUCAAGGCGCUCAGACAAAUAGAAACAUUAAAUCUGCAGGACAACGCAGUGCAACCUUGUGCUUCUGCAGAUGAUUUGAGGAAUACUUACUCAACAUCUUGUAUUGCGUUUGAGCAUUUGAGAACUCUUAAACACCUCAAUCUUGAAGCGAAUGACAUAAAAAUGCUGGAGCCGCAUGCAUUUUUAAGGACCUCUUUGGUUUACCUUAACCUUGCAAAGAACCUGCACAUGAUAAUGCACAAGGGGGCACUAGAAGGUGUUCAAACGACUCUUCAGUGGUUGAUUAUCAGCGACAUGAACAUGAGCAGCUCCCGUCUGUCUCUGCCCUGCAUGCCAGCGUUAAUCCAGCUCAACAUAUCAAACAAUCACCUCACUGAGAUACCGAACAAUUUAAGCUGUUCUCCUCUGAGAGAAAUUGACAUACGCAACAAUGCUUUCAUCACUUUGAACCAGUCUAUGAUUGAUGCUUUAUCUGAACAUCUGGCUACGAUGUUUAUUGGAGGGAACCGUUUCAACUGCUGCGACAGCAGGUGGCUGACAGUCGUGAAUGAGAAGAAAAUCACUCUCGCCGACAUCAGCGAGGCCGAAUGCUUUGCACACGUCACGGAGUUGGAGAUGACAGAGUAUCUGAAAAGCCCUGUUUCACACUGUUUGCUCCGCAACGAGGCACACAAAGUCCACUUUGGACAAAUGAUCAUCAUUGUUUUAUUCCUAACUGUACUGGUAACUGUGCUCCUCGUGUUCUGCAGGAGACUGUGCUCAGCACAAAAAUCAUGCAUGGUCUGAUGGCUAAAACAUGUGCUCGCUAGUUUAUUUUUGCACAAUUUACACGCUAUGUGAGAGUUGUAUGUGAAGUGAGUAAACUGUAAAACACUCUGUGAGAAAGUAAGAAAGAUAUUCCAGUUCCUGAAGCAACCUUCAGUUUCACUUUGCAUAACCCCUGUUUGUUAAACUGCAGAAAUACACUUUAUGUGUCAUUUGAUUCAUAAUUCUGCUCCAACUCUGCUCCGCCAUCUCCACCACACAUUGAGAGAGGUGCCUCACGUUGCGUGACCUGCACAGUUUUAGUGUUGCAAUUGAAAUUGGCAUAAUUUGCUCCCAAGCUGUUUGGCUACAGUUCGUGCCAAAUCAGUGGUAAGAUGGAGAACACUUUCCUUUCUUUUUUUCUGAAAUGUUAGUUUGCAACUGAAAGUUUAACCUUGAUUUAAAUUUUCAUGAUGUCUGCAAAGACUUAUACGUCACUCCCAAAAUCAGGAAUGAACACUUAUACAGUCCAAUACAAAAAGGAACAAAAAUACCUUGUACGAGUUGCUGCACGCACAUUCUGGUGCGUUUUUAUACUUUAAUGAACAGAAAUAUUUAAUUUCUUUGUUACACAUAGUUUUGUAAGGGAAUUGUUGGCACCAGAAGAAGUUGUUAUGUGCUGUACAUACUAAA